AAGAUGGCUGCUUGGGGAAGGAGGCGCCUUGGCCCGGGCAGCAGUGGCAGCAGUGCCCGAGAGAGGGUAACCUUGUCUGCCACAGAGUGUUACAUCGUUCAUGAAAUCUACAAUGGAGAGAAUGCCCAAGACCAGUUUGGGUAUGAGUUGGAACAGGCUCUGGAGGCGCAAUACAAAUACAUAGUUAUAGAGCCCACCCGGAUUGGUGAUGAGACUGCCCGAUGGAUCACUGUUGGAAACUGCCUGCACAAGACAGCCGUGCUGGCAGGCAGUGCCCGCCUCUUCACCCCGUUGGCACUUCCCUUAGAUUAUUCCCAUUACAUCUCCCUGCCUGCUGGCGUGCUGAGCGUGGCCUGUUGCACCCUCUAUGGAAUCUCCUGGCAGUUUGACCCCUGCUGCAAGUAUCAAGUGGAGUAUGAUGCCUAUAAACUUUCCCGACUGCCUCUGCAUACGCUCACUUCCUCCACUCCUGUGGUGCUGGUGAGGAAGGAUGACCUGCACAGAAAGAGACUGCAUAAUACAAUAGCACUUGCUGCCAUGGUGUACUGUGUAAAGAAGAUUUACGAGCUCUAUGCUGUAUGAUUUCAGUAGAAAAGCGAGAGAAAGAGAAAAAACACCCACAAAAGACAACAAU